CUUACUUUACAUUUCCGCAAAGUUUUGGAGCUGUGGCAGGCUUCCCUUAAUCAGGUUUAUUACAGUUUUGUUUAUAGACAUUUAUAAGCUAAGAGAAAAGAUGAGUGAAAUUAAGCCCAAAGAUAAAGGGUCGAGUGAAGAGAGCGCCGCGGAACAAGACUGGGCAGCGGCUAAGGCUGCUUUCGAGAACCUCAAAUCUAACAAACCCAGACCUCCCAAACCCAAGAAUGCAGUCACCAUCGCCGUCUCCUCUCGCACUCUCUUCAACAUGAAGGCCGAGAGGAAGAUCUUUGAGGAAGAGGGCUUAGAAAAGUAUGUCGCUUUCCAGCAGGAACAUGAAAACGAGCCUCUAAAACCAGGACCUGCUUUUCCCUUCGUCAAGGCGCUGAUGAACGUCAACACUCGACUGAGGGAGCUCUAUCCAGACAACGAGGAGCUGUUUGAUAUCGUCUUAAUGACCAACAACCAUGCCCAAGUGGGCGUGCGCCUCAUUAACAGCAUUAAUCACUAUGAUUUGACCAUAGAAAGAUUCUGCAUGACAGGAGGGAAGAGUCCUAUUGGUUACCUGAAGGCCUACCUGACAAAUCUUUACCUCUCCAAAAGUGCAGACAAAGUCAUAGAGGCCAUAGAUGAAGGAAUUGCUGCUGCCACAAUGUUCACGCCGGACACAGAGCUGGAGCUAAGCGGCACUCAGUUGAGAGUGGCGUUUGAUGGUGACGCUGUCCUCUUCUCCGACGAGUCAGAGAUCAUCGUGAAGCAGCAUGGCCUGGACUCUUUCUUUGAGCACGAGAAACAGUUUGAGAACAAACCUCUCGCUCAGGGACCAUUAAAGUGUUUCCUGGAGGCCCUGGGAAAGCUCCAGAGAAAAUUCUAUGCCAAGAACGAGCGUUUGAACUGCCCCAUCCGAACCUUCCUGGUCACGGCCCGCAGCGCUGCCAGCUCUGGAGCUCGGGUCUUGAAGACCCUCCGCAGCUGGGGCCUGGAGAUCGACGAGGCUCUCUUCCUGGCGGGGGCUCCGAAAGGGCCCCUGCUUCAGAAGAUCAGGCCGCACAUCUUCUUUGACGACCAGAUGUUCCAUAUUGAAGGGGCCACGGAACUGGGAACCAUAUCCGCACACGUCCCCUACGGAAUCGGACAAAAGUACCACAAGGGCAAACUCAUCGAGCAGCCUGAAAAAAAGGAAUAACCUAAGAAAGGUUAAAAAUAAUAAUAAAUAAUACUACUUUUGCUCCAGAUUAAAUAU